AUGAUUGGAGCGGAUCGGAGGGUUGGAACGGGGGUGCUCGGUCCGACGACGGCCGCCGGAGACGGCGGCGCUAGGGCUCGCCGAAGGCAGGGACGGUCGGCGGAGGGAGAAGGAGGCGGCGCUGGGGAUGGUCGGCGGGGCUCGCUGCUGGUCGGGUCGUUGGCGCGGCGGAGCCUGUCGGGGGCUGGGGGCGGCCCGGCGGCAGUCCGGCGUGAGGGCGGCGGCUGGGAGCGUUCUCCUCUGCUGCUGUUCGGCGAAGGGGAGGGAGGAAGGGGAUUCGGGGAAACCCCUUCAAUAUAG